AAAGACAAUCAUCCAAAACAAAAAAAAACAAAAAAAAAGAUAAUAAUCUCAUCUUCAUUUCUCUUCUUCAAAAAUAAAAAAUGGCAAAAAAUUCAUUAGCCAUAUAUCUAAUGUUACUAAUUGCAUUGAGCACUGUUUAUGAAACACAGGGGACAUUCUCAUUACCUCUUUACUUGAAGAACUUUCCCAAAGUAGGCCAAGAUUUUGAGUCUUUCGCUUACAAAGGUAUGAUGGAUUUCAUGGGUGACUUGGAAGGCAAAUGUCCUCAGACCACAGAGUUUAAGGAUUUUUUUGUAAAGCUGAAGGAUUACAUGGCAUGUUACAGUUCAACAUCACCCGGGUCAAAAGAUCUCCAAGUUGAGCUGUCAAUAAAAUCUGAGACACUCUUCAGGGCUAUGUCUGAUUUUAGUGGAACUAAAGGCGGAACAUCAGAGGAUACAUGGACGCUAGUGGAUGGCUUAUUGUCAAUGGGAAAGAGUUUGGUUGAUAUGAAGAAGAGUGGUUCUAAGGAAAUAACUUUUGAACAAAGAAAAGAAAUUAUUCAAUCCAUGGUGAAAUGGACUCGAGGAAUCGGUCUAUUCGUAAAGAAGGUCUCCGAGAAUAAAGGAAAAUCUAUCGAUUUAUCAUCAUUUGGAAUUGACUAUGACACCAAUGUGUCUUCUCCAUCUGAGAGAGCUCUUUACGAAACACAAGGAACGUUCUCAUUGCCCCACUACUUGAAGGAUUUUCCAAAAAUGAGCAAAGACUUUGAGCCUUUUGCUUACAAAGGUAUGUCGGCUUUCUUGGGGGCUUUGGAGAGUAAGUGUCCUGCCACAGCAGAGUUCAAAGAUCUCUUUGUAAAGGUAGCGGACUACAUGGCCUGCUUCGAGUCGGGGAUCAAGGUUGAGAUGCCAGAAAAAUCCGAGAAACUCUUUAGGGCUAUUUCUGCAUUGGAUGGUACUAACGGUGGAGCAUCGGUGGAUACUUGGAGGAUGGUCGACGGUAUGUUGUCAAUGGGAAAAAUUGUGAUUGAGAUGAAGAAGAGUGCUUCAGAGGAGAUAACUUUUGAACAAAGAAAGGAACUGAUAGGGGGUAUGGUGAAAUGGGCUCGAGGUAUCGGUCUACUUGUUAAGACAGCAUCCGAGAAAAAAGGAAAAUCUAUUGAUCUAGCAUCUUUUGGAGUUGAUUAUAGCCCCCAUGUUAGUUCUCCUUUCAAAGGAGCUAGCGGUGAGCUAUAAAGAUUUUCCCUGCAGUUGCAACUUUUAACUAAUUCCAAUAAGGGAACCCUUCCAAUAAUGUAAAAAAGUAAAUUAUUAUUUCAACAAGAAAUCUUUUAUCAGUUGUAAAAGAUUUAGCUAUUGUAAAUAUCUAUCUAUUCUAUUAAAAUAAAAGUUUCAACUUCA